AUGCAUGUAGAACUCCACACCAGCAUCAGGUGCUUCCGCGAAGCUCUGAAAAACUUACAAGCCCUGUGUGAUAACCAGUCAGGCAAGCUAGAUUUCGGAGCACAUGCAGAUAGCGCAGAGGAGACUUCUGAUGGCGAUAUCCUGAACAACUCCCCCUACGCCCGACGCUUCCUGCGUCGGAAACGGAAGCAAAAGAUCAAAAAGCCAAAAUAUCUUUUCAAUUCUGACGAAGGAUACGAAGAGACAUCAGAAUCAGACACCGACCAUCUAUCCCCGAAGAGCCAUCACCAGCAAGGGACACGCCAGAGAAAGACCGUCCCAGACAGUGAUGGAGAGGGAAAUGAAAUUGAGAACGAUGGCAUUUCUGGGAUGAACAUCGAAUUUCCACGCUGCGCUGAUCGCCGGAACACCAAGGAAAAGGCUACAAAGGACGAUGGUCACACAAAAGACACUACAGGCAAUGCUAUAAAUCACAACCGAUAUCUGUCUCGUGGACGUACCGGAAUCUCAAGCGCUCAUGUAGGCCGGGACAGAGUCAAGCCGAUUAAAAAGCGCCUCAGAGAUACAUACUUCUCUGAGAAUAGCCCUACCGACGAAAGCUCCAAUAUUUCAUUGACUGAAGACAUCAAAACCUCCUCUCACCGCAAUAGCCAUGGUAGCGCCAAGCGCAAGCGAGUUGCGACCUCGGGUGGUGCGACCGAUAGCACAAACGAGCAGAGUGAGAUGGAUGAAAGUGGACGGCAAUCUUCCGGCGCUCACACCGAACCUGGGUCAGUUAAGAUGCAGCCUCACAAGGACCAUCGCAACAAGAUGGCCAAGAUGAACAUACAGACUGAUCCGGUUAAAGACCUUAUUGGAGAUGCCAUGGCUGGGCUUGCUCUGGAAGGUGAUCCAGUGAAGAAAGCCGGCCGUGAUAUGAAGGUUACAAAGCAUCGGCAUCGGGAGGAUAGUUACAUGCAUGGGGGAUCUGACUCUGAGGAAGCCAGCGCAUAUGAGUCUUGCAAUUCAGGGGUUGACUGA